UUGGAGACCCCUAGUGGUGGGACGGUGCCUCGAUCUCCCAGAUGAUCUUCCUUCUGAGCUUGGGUAACAGUCUGUUUUGCCGGGGUAGAGAUGAAUCGCUUCUUUAACUUUGCAGACGCGACAGUUGCUAUUUUACCUGUGCAACUGUCUCAGUGUCGAGGGGUCUGCUAAAUAGUCCCGCUAGUAUCGUUAUGAAAGCUAUCACGAAGUGGGGGGGACUAGAGACGUAUAUGUUUGAUACACUGUAUAGCUGUAAACGCAGCGCGAAGCGACUUCCGACUCCUGUACCGUUAAACCUGCUUCCCGACCAACAACCCAAUCAUCGCCAUGAGUUCAAUUGAAGGGCAGAACAAGAGGCCAAUAAUAAUGUGGUAGUUCUCUUUUCCUCAUGUUUCAGCCAAUGGGAUUGGAGCUCCUAGUUCCGGAGCAAGUGGUGACGUUGGUGGGCUGCGAGCUCGCGUACGUGCGGGUUAGUGCAGUUAUGUGACAGCGGUGAUCGUGCAGGAAAUAAAUACCGCAUGUUGUAAAUGUGCAAAUUUCCGAAAUCAAUGAAGGUCACCAUAGGAGACUUGGCUCCAGAGGGUCCGGGGAGGGCAUAAACGAUGGGGGAUUCAUUCGUUGAGUGCAUCUGACCGUGUCUUUUUUCGCGUCGUUGUAAUUACACUGCAGUUAUGAGGUUGUUUACAUUUUUGCUAAAGAAAUCCAACGCAAAGAUAGAGUAUUACUCCCGGUUCUCGCCCUCGCCGCUUUCCAUUAAGCAGUUUUUGGAUUUCGGCAGGGACAAUGCGUGCGAGAAGACCUCCUACAUGUUCCUGCGCAAGGAGCUGGCCGUACGGCUGGCCAACACCAUGCGGGAGGUCAACCUACUGCCCGACAAGCUGCUGAGCCAGCCAUCCGUCAAGCUGGUGCAGAAAUGGUACAUACAGAGCUUUGUGGAGUUGCUGGAUUUUGAGGACCGGAGCCCGGAAGAUGCUCGCACCCUGCAGGACUUCCUGGACGUCCUGAUCGAGAUCCGGAACCGGCACAAUGAUGUGGUGCCCACCAUGGCCCAAGGCGUGAUCGAGUACAAGGAGAAGUUCGGCUUCGACCCGUUUAUCAGCACCAACACCCAGUACUUCCUGGACCGUUUCUACACCAGCCGUGUCUCCUUCCGCAUGCUGAUCAACCAGCACACUCUCCUUUUCGGUAAUGACACCAACCCUGCCCACCCUAAACAUAUCGGCAGUAUCGACCCCACCUGUAACGUGGCCGAGGUGGUUACAGAUGCCUAUGAGACAGCCAGGAUGCUGUGUGAGCAGUAUUACAUGGGGGCUCCGGAGCUGAAGGUCGAGGAGUUCAAUGCCAAAGCGCCCAAGAAGCCCAUCCAAGUGGUGUAUGUCCCAUCCCACCUCUUCCACAUGCUCUUUGAGCUCUUUAAGAACUCAAUGAGGGCCACGGUUGAGUUUCAUGAGAGCUCUGCAGAAGGGUUUCCCCCAGUGAAGGCACUUGUCACCCUGGGGAAGGAGGACCUCUCCAUAAAGAUUAGCGACAUGGGUGGUGGAGUGCCCUUGAGGAAGAUCGACCGCCUCUUCAACUACAUGUACUCGACAGCGCCCUCCCCCAGCUUGCAGCCAUCGCGCGCCACACCGCUGGCGGGUUUCGGGUACGGACUCCCCAUCUCCCGGCUCUAUGCGCGGUACUUCCAGGGCGACCUGAAGCUGUACUCCAUGGAGGGCGUGGGCACAGACGCUGUCAUUUAUCUGAAGGCUCUGUCCAGUGAGUCGUUCGAGCGCCUGCCCGUCUUCAACAAGUCAGCCUGGCGGCACUAUCAGACGGGUCCUGAGGCAGACGACUGGAGCAACCCCAGCCGCGAGCCGCGUGACGCCUCCAAGUACAAAGCCAACCGAUAGGCCCCCCCACCCCCGCCUGGAACACAUCACCACUGCAGCUCCCUACAUCUGACUCCAGCCCCCUGCCCCCUCCCUUGUAGGUGUGGCAGCUCCUCUGGCGCUCCUAAAGGGCCCCGUCGUCCGAUAUGGAAGUGGGCCCCCAUUGCUGUAGUUGUGGGGGGGUGGGUAGAGAGUGGGGGCAGAACGCCUUUGCACUGCUUGUGUGUUUUUAUUCUAUUUGUGCUGUCCUGAAAUUCGCAGAUAUGUUGGAAUAGUUUGCACCUUACAAAUGUUUAUACCGUGUCCUUAAAAGAGGUUUAUGUUUAGUAUGUAAUACAAGAUAAAAUGAAAAAAAUGCGCACAUGUAUUUGUGUAAAUAUGGUUUGUAGUAUGAAAGUGAUGGAGGUUCUUGUAAGUGAGGGCACUCUGUCUCGUGCACUGACAUGUGCAACCUGUGUAGUAAUGCUGUCGAUAAUUUAUUUCCUGGUGGAUUCUGGGAAUGGGUGUAUUUCAGGUCAAGGUCAUGUGGUCUCGCCUGUAGUCACUGCUGAUGCCUUUAAACAUGAUGAGUAGUGUUACCGUGGUUACAGCUGCAGCCCAGCAGUGAGUAAACGACCAUCUACCACGAGAUUACCUGGCAGCUUUUUCACAUCGAAAUGCAUGAGUCACAUUCUACAGGAGAGGUUUCAGGAGCGUCUCCGAUCCGUGGUCUGGACUGGUCCCGGCGCUGCUGCAUUUACCUGUCUUUGAUCCAGCUGCACUCUGCCAUUCUGCUGUAAUUGGGCUGUUCUCUGAAUGCACUGUGUAGCCACAGUAAACCGGUGUUUCCCUGAUCUCUUUAGGCUGUGUAGUCGACUUAAAGCUGAAUCAAGCACAUUUAAGCAAAUACUGUGUUUCUUGCUUUUCAUUGUUCGUGGCAAAAUGGAAUAAAAUUUCUAGGAUUCCAUUUUAAUAUUAAA